ACAGAGGUUUGCCUUUCUGUUUUUGUAGUGGGCCAUAGCUCCCAAGUGCCGCUUCUUCAUGAUCAGGAUGCUAACUCAGUGCGUAGCGGUUACCGAAUUCAGGCAAACCAAGCCGACGAUUCAAUGAGGGUCCUUUACUACAUGGAGAAGGAACUAGCUAAUUUCGACCCGACGCGUCCUGGUGAUGCAAGUGGGAAAUAUGAAAAAUUGGCUGGAAUGAGUGAAGUUAGCUCGCUUCAUGAGAACCCUGAUCCAAGAGGAAACCUGCGGAAUGGAAUGGGCCGAGUACGAAACCAAGCAAUGCCACCCAUCACGGACGUGGAAGAUGACAUGAGCGUUUUCAGUAGCGCGUCUCGUCACGUGGACCCCCGUCUCCGAGAUGAUGCAAGUGGUCGUGGUGGGAGGGACAAAGGUUAUCCACCUAGUCGAGGACGGGCUCACUCCAUGGAUGACCUGGAUGAUCUUGAUCGCAAUUAUCGGGGUGGGCCUUCGAGGGAAGGCCACAGAAGACGCGGCUCUGAUAACGAAUGGCGCGGACGAGAUUAUGAUGAUGACCGCAGACGACACGAUUACUCUCCGGAGAGCUAUCGUCGAGGCAAUGGUGACUAUUACGAGAAACGCAGCCGUAGUCGGGAUGACCUGAGAGAUCUGGAAAGGCAGCGCGAUUCUCCAGCCAGACGUGGCGGUUAUGAUGACACUUUUCUACAAGACGUCCUGAGGAAGAAGCAAGAGCGCUCUGGAAGCCGCGAGAACUUGGAUAAUGCCAGCGACAACACUUACCGAUCCGGAGGGAACCGUCGGGGUGGCGACCGCUACAGAGACUCGGACAAUGAAAGCUUUCCUCCGCCUCCCCCGCCAGCAUACUCUGAUGUGGACUCCAUUCCUUCCUCAAAGAGUCGUGGAGUUAAGACAAACUUGCGCAAGAACGGAGCGGUCAGCAGGGAGAGUCUCGUCGUGUGAUUUGUUUUCCUGUCGCCCCAUUCAAGGAUAACAAUGGUUUUGGACUGCUGCAUGUUUAGGACUGGUGACCAUCGUCCUGCCCAACUCUUAAGUGGUCUGCUAGAUGUGCAGACUGUAAUACAAUGAGGCCUGAAAUACACCCAGGGUUCUGGAAGUGCAAUGGAGACUACACUGAAACGUCUGCUCCAACUCUGAGGAGACCAGCCUGUCGCUGUGAGGCGUCGAUUCCACAACAUGUCCUCCCUCGUGGUUUUGGGUUUUUUUUUUAUUUUAUAUAAACUAACUUUCCAUUAAAAGCAGUGAUAUUGUGCAGCCGGAAUCAUAAGAGGCCGAUGAUCAUCGUAAUCGUCAGAACAGUUUCAGGACAUUUCAUUGUACAUAAGACGAUUCUCUUCUUUGUAAAUUAGCCGCGAGUUGACGCUCUGCCUCGCGUUUACGUUCCUUUUUUGUACGAUGAGUACACGGCCCUUUCCUCUUACGUACUUUAUUUUAGAUACGCAGGUGUGGAUGCAGUCCACGUGAAAUUCCUGUAAUGUUUUACACUUUUUGCAGAACGCGUCUGGACGUCAAAUUCCCCAGUUAGGCUCGUUUAGAAGAGCCGUCCUGUUCUAACGACUCGUCCAAUCAGGCCUGAGGGCCGCCAUACGUCAGUCAACGUGUCUUUGUACGUUUUGAGGUUCCGCUCGAUGGUAAAAACCUUUUGUAUGAUGCCUGCCAUCUUUAAUCAUACCUUAAAAACGAGUUGUGUAGAAAACCAAAUGAGAUUAUUUUUUAGGACAUCCUGCCUUGAACAGACGAGUGAUAAAAAGAGAGAGACGUGUAGAACCCUAAUGUUUGACCCCAUUUUUAACUCUUUAUUUGUGUGCCGACGUGACUCUGCCAAUGACGAUUGUCCCCGUGACGCUGGUGUAAAUAUGUGAGCCCGCUUGGCCUUUACGAAUGAUUUUGUGGAUAUGUUUGUAAAAUAAAUUUAAUGUUCAAUUGUGUACAGAAAAAAACGUGAAAAAAAAUUGAAUCUGAGCUGUGGGAGGAGAGCCUUUCAUAUUUAAAGUUUGCGUAGUCGUUUUUUAGUUUUUGUAUGUGAAUAUUUCAUCAAGAGAAUGGAGGCAGUGUAUGAAUCUUUUAUCUCCUUUUCUUUUAAUUACGACUGUAAAUAAUUUUGUGUAAAUCUUGAGAGGCGCCCUGUUCUUGCUGUGUCGGUGUUGGAGACCCUCCUUAGUAGACCCUGUGACUCCACCGUCCUCGCCUGCUUUGUCACUUGAAUGAUGAUGAGGAGCUUUGGCGUCUUCAUUUCAUUUCAGAGGUUUGUAAAGCACACGCGCGGCGCCUGCCUCCCUUCACACUCGAUCCCUUGCUAUGAAUGACGUGUGUUUCCUUUUUUUCAAUUUGAAUUAAACUUUUUUAGGAAGCUUCAA